UGCUACCUCAUACUAUAUAUAAACGUUAACUCAAAAUGGAUGAAAGACCUAAAUUUAAGAACUAGAGCUAUAAAACUCAUAGAAGAAAACAGGUUUGUAAUCUUAGAUUAGGCAGUGCUUUCUUAGAUAUGACACCAAAAGUACAGCAACAAAAGAAAAUAAAUUGGACUUGAUCGAAAAUGAAAACUUUUGUGAUUUAAAAGACAAUAUAAAGACAGUGAAAAGACAACCCACAAAAUGGGAGAAAAUAUUUACAAAUCAUAUAUCUAAAAAGGGACUUGUAUCCAGGACAUAUAAAGAAUUUUUUAAACUCAACAAUAAAAAAGACAGCCCAGUUGGAAAGUGGGCAAAUAAUUUGAAUUAUUCUCCGAAGAAGAUAUACAGGUGGCCAAUAAGCACAUGAAAAGAUGCUUAACAUUAUUAGUCAUUAGGGAAAUGCUAAUGAAAACUGCAAUGAGAUGCUACUUUAUACCUACUAGAAUGGCUAAAAUAAAAAACAAAAAAUAACAUGCUGGUGAGGAUGUGGAGACAUUGGGACCCUCAUUUCACUGGUGGGAAUGUAAGAUGAUGCACACUUGGGAAAAUAGUUUGCUAAUUCCUCAAGAUGUUAAACAGAGAGUUUACAGCCCAGCCAUUGCAUGCACUCCUAAGAGAAAUGAAAACAUUUGUCCACACAAAAAUUUAUACAUGAAUGUUCAUAGAAUAUUUGUAAUAGCCAAAAAGUGGAAACCAUCCAAAUGUUUAUCAGCUCAUGAGUGGGUAAUAUACAAUGGAAUAUUAUUCAGGCAUAAAAAGGAAUGAAGUACCAAUACAUCCUACCACCUGGGUGAACCUUGAAAACAUGCUAUGUGGAAGAAGCCAGACACAAAAGGCUACAUAAUAAACUAUAGUGACCCUGAAACUGAAGGAGAGAUUUUUAAUUCCUUAGUGCAAUAUUUUGGUGAUAAUUUGGGGCGAAAAGUUAAAGCUAUGCCAUUAGUUGAAGAAACUUCUUUACUUGAAGAUUCAUCAGUGACUUUGCCUGUGGUAGUAAUAGGAAAUGGACCCUCAGGAAUCUGCCUUUCUUAUAUGCUGUCAGGCUACAGACCAUAUUUAUCAUCAGAAGCAAUACAUCCAAACACAAUCUUACAUAGCAAAUUAGAAGAAGCGAGACAUCUUUCCAUUGUUGAUCAGGACUUAGAGUACUUGUCUGAGGGCCUUGAGGGUCGAUCAUCCAAUCCUGUUGCAGUACUUUUCGACGCACUUCUUCAUCCAGAUGCUGACUUUGGGUAUGAUUAUCCAUCCAUUUUGCAUUGGAAAUUAGAACAGCAUCAUUAUAUCCCUCACUUAGUUCUUGGUAAAGGUCCACCUGGUGGAGCUUGGCAUAAUAUGGAAGGCUCGAUGUUGACAAUCAGCUUUGGAAAUUGGAUGGAGCUACCUGGACUUAAAUUUAAAGAUUGGGUAUCUAGCAAACGAAGGAACCUAAAAGGGGAUAGAGUUAUGCCAGAGGAAAUAGCUCGCUACUAUAAACAUUAUGUAAAAGUCAUGGGUCUUCAGAAGAAUUUCAGAGAGAAUACUUACAUUACCUCUGUAUCAAGACUCUACAGAGAUCAAGUUGAUAAUGAUGGUCAAGACAGAGAUAUUUCAACACAGCAUUUACAGAUAGAGAAGUCAAAAUUUACCAAGAGAAACUGGGAAAUCAGGGGUUAUCAGCGAAUAAGAGAUGGUUCCCAUAUUCCCUUCUGUCUCUUUGCUGAAAAUGUAGCUCUGGCAACUGGAACAUUGGAUUCUCCUGGCCGUUUGGAAAUUGAUGGGGAAGAUUUUCCCUUUGUGUUUCAUUCAAUGCCUGAAUUUGGAGCCGCUAUAAGCAAAGGAAAGUUGUGUGGCAAAGUGGAUCCAGUGUUAAUUGUAGGUUCUGGGCUUACCGCAGCUGAUGCAGUACUGUGUGCUUACAACAAUAAUAUCCCUGUGAUUCAUGUAUUUCGCAGACGAGUAACUGAUCCAAGCUUAAUUUUCAAACAGCUUCCCAAAAAGCUUUAUCCAGAAUACCAUAAAGUCUAUCAUAUGAUGUGUACUCAGUCAUAUUCUUUAGACUCAAAUCUUUUAUCUGAUUAUACCAGUUUUCCUGAGCACCAUGUGCUUUCCUUUAAGUCGGACAUGAAAUGCAUUCUUCAAAAUAUCUCUGGAUUGAAGAAAAUAUUUAAGCUCUCUGCAGCAGUAGUACUGAUAGGUUCUCAUCCCAAUCUGUCCUUUCUGAAGGAGCAAGGGUGUUACCUAGGCCACAACUCAAGCCAGCCAAUCACAUGUAAGGGUAAUCCUGUGGAAAUAGAUGCAUAUACAUAUGAGUGUGUUAAAGAAGCCAACCUUUUUGCAUUGGGUCCUUUGGUUGGAGACAAUUUUGUUCGAUUUUUAAAGGGAGGGGCACUGGGUGUUACACGCUGUUUAGCUACAAGACAGAAGAAAAAAAAGCAGCAUUUAUUUGUUGAAAGAGGAGGAGGAGAUGGGAUAGCUUAGAGCAGGUUUACAAGUAAUUUAUAUGAACACUUUACCAUUAAAGAUUUUUAAUAGUGGUUUUACAGUGUACUGGCUUGAAUUUUCUGAACUUGAAUUAACUGGGAGAGCCUCAAGCUAUAGUAACUAUUUUUUAAAGUUACCAGAAUUUGGUGUCCUGAUUACAUUAUAAUGUAUCAAAGGUGUCAACUGUCAGACAAAUAGAAACACUGCCAAUUUGGUAUACUUUAAGUUCUCACUUAACUAAAACAUUCUUUUCUUCCAAGACUUAUUUUUUGUGCUCAUUGUUGGUUAUUUUUGUUUGAUUACAAAAUAUAACAGCAUUGAAUCUAUAUAACCACAGUCAUUAGGCCAGAGGUUUCCCUCACUUUAUAUAUUGGGUCACCUUGCUGCUCAAAGGGUGGUUCAAAGAUAGCCUCAGCUUCAUUUGUGGCUUGUUAGAAAGGUAGACUCUCAGGACCCACAACAGACUUACUGAAUCAGAAAUUACAUCUUAAUGAGAUCCUCAAGGAAUAUGUAUGCUUAUUAAAGCUUGAGACACACUGGUCUAAAAGAAAAUGGGAUGUAAAGGUACAGAUGCUGAGGGUGGGUGGAAAUAGAGGGCAUAUACUACUCAGGUUUUAUUUAUUUUGAAAUUAUCGAUUGUAUAAAUCUAAUUUAUUAACAAAUAUGAUGGGCUUUUAAAAUUUUUUAUUGUUGAAACCUUGACAGGUAAUUCAUAGUUUCAGCUUCUAAUUUAAACAGUCCAGUAAUGUUGGCAUCUACUGAGACAUCCAGGAACCUGCUGAGAUAUUUUUUAGAGAUAUAUUCUCUAGUUAACUAGCAUAAUACUUAAACUAAUUUGAAGUUCAAUAAAUUUUGAAUGGAACUAUUUAUUCCUUUGUGAACACUGAGUUAAGUUCUGUCACUGAAACUUAAGAUAU